AUGUCUUUCCCCGUCGCGCUACAGUCGGCCAUCUUCUACCUACUUGCCUGCACACCAUGCGCCGAGGUACGGCAUCGGGCCAAGGCCAAGGACCAGGCCAAGAAGGAGAGGGUGGAAAAGGCAAAACUAGAGACGCAGCAACCUGGCCUAUAUCGACACCCGUCACCGUUCAACACCAAUCCUUACUGGGCAGAAGAGAUCAACAUGGGACCUAGUCUACCGAAGAAGUCGACGAGCAAAAACUCGAGUCAACGGGGCCUGAUGAGCGCGGGAGGUGAAAUCAGUGCUCUUAGCCUAUCAGGGCGCACGAAUACUGGCGACAGUCACACCAAUUACGAAGACAGCACGCUGGUGGUAUCACAAGAUGGCAUCUUGUCCGACGACUGGAACAGCCGACAUGGAUAUCAGCGCGAGGAUGAGGAGCUCUGGGGUGCAGACUGGUCUGGCGCCAAGCUCAAGGACGCCUUCUCAAAGGCGAGAGAUUCUGCGGGGCGGUUGAUUGAAUCAACACUGGGUAUGGACAAAGAAGUAACAGAGGAAGAGCGCCGCGCCUUUUAUGCGGCCCCGCGAAAUCCCCCCGUCAACGACUUACACCCGCCUGUCGUUAGCAGCAAGCUUCCCCACAAGGAGGCUCAUAAAUGGAUGCUUCAGCCGCCGCCGUCAGCCAAGGUCAUGGAGGGCAAGGUGCCCGUCAGCAGAGCCAUGAGCUCCAGCAGUAGGACAAGCGGGAGAACCAUUGCGGGAGGAGAAGAGAAACUGGCUCGCCAACUCCAUGAGAAGCUAGUUAGGGAGAAGAUUAUGAAGGAGAUGCCUACCGAAUCCGAGCUCAUCGACUCUUUGUUCGUUACCAGAACUCGGAGCACCCGGUCCGACAUGACACGGACCCGUAGCCUGUCCUUUGACGGCUCCGACGAGAUCUUGGACGGCAGCAACAACUCUUUCGAAAGGCGGAGGCGAAGCAACCGCCUAAGGGCCUUGGCUACCCCUCCCGGAUUUGAAGAAUCCGAGGAUGACCAGCCUGGCCAUGCGGCUCAGCGACCAAAGCUGGAAACUAUAAACAGCAGCGAAGGCAGCAACGGCCGUUCGCGAUCCAAGAGAUCAAGACGGCAGAAGUCUACCAGGUCGAAGAAGACCCUCUCCGGAGCAGGGUCGCCUGUCGGAGACGACUCUGACUAA